UUCUAUUUCCAGGCGAACUCGAGAGUUAGAGAGAUUCUAUCCAUUGGUUAGAAAUAAAACCCAUAAACGACGGAGGGAGUUGAGCAAACCGGAGCUGGGAGAUUGACACGCAAGGGUAGGCGUGUGAUACACCGGAGUUGAGCAAACCGGAUGUUUCAGUCGAGCAGCGUAAUUUGCCUAUGAAAAUUUGCGACUGAGCUUCUCCGAUGGAGGUUUCAUCAUUUUCGACGAGCUUUGCGAAACUCCGAUAUCCGUUUUCAGGUGAAAACUUCCCUGCGUGGAUUAAGUGUUAUGCAUCCCCUUCAUCCACGAACAAUGCCACUGGAAGUUUACUCUGUCAAGCUGGGUUUCCUACUCGGAAGUGGAGUCUUUUGCAGGUUUCAUGUAGCCGAAAGAGUGAUAUUCCUGUCAUAGAAGCUGGGUGCAUGGAUGACAUAUAUGAUGCUUUGGCCGAACACCUUGUUCCAACGGCUGCAGCAGCAUCAAGCCCUAAUUUUAAGCAUAUUGUUGGUCUUGCUGGUCCUCCUGGUGCUGGGAAGAGCACUGUUGCAUCUGAGGUAGCUAAGAGAGUCAAUAAGUUAUGGCCCCAAAAGGCUUGUUCCUUUGAUUCUCAAGUUGAUCCUCCAGAAGUCGCUAUUGUUCUUCCAAUGGAUGGGUUCCACCUUUAUCGUCAUCAGCUUGAUGCUAUGGAGGAUCCAAAGGAAGCACAUGCGAGAAGGGGCGCUCCAUGGACGUUUGACCCCAAUUUACUGCUACAAUGUCUUAAGACUCUUAAAGACCAGGGAUCAGUGUACUGUCCAUCUUUUGACCAUGGUGUAGGAGAUCCUAUAGAAGAUGAUAUCUUUGUGAACCUUCAGCACAAAAUAGUGAUAGUUGAAGGUAAUUAUCUGCUUCUUGGAGAUGGUGCUUGGAAGGAGGUAUCUUCCAUGUUCGAUGAGAAGUGGUUUGUCGAUGUUGAUAUUGAGAAAGCAAUGCAACGUGUCCUAAAGAGACAUAUAUCUACAGGGAAGGCCCCUGAUGUUGCUAAGUGGCGGAUAGAUUACAAUGACAGGCCUAACGCUGAGCUAAUUAUGAAGUCCAAGAAAAAUGCGGAUUUGGUGAUCAAGUCAGUGGACGAAUUGAGAUUAUCUCUUGAGGAAAACGUGGCUAGGUCAGUAAGCUGGAUUUCCAAUCUUGUUGGGGUUACAGUUUGAUCUCAUCAUGGGCUCAGGGCAGCCUAAGAAUGGGAGUGAUCGUCGUCCUUUGAAGCUUUUGUACGUUGAAUGAAAAAAGUAGCAAACCGGUGCUUCCAAUCCAAGGCUUGACUUGCUAGUUUCUACACAUGUGAUCUGCAGGAUUUGCUUCUAUUUUUCGUCAACCCGUCCCUCUUUUUUAGCAUUCAUAGACAAUACUCUCUUUCACACUUCUGUGAGAAUUGCAUAAUGACACACACACACACAAACCAUCGUACAACAUUUAUCUGGACCAUUUUGAGGAUAAGAAAAAAGUUGGAAAAAAAAGAGAGUACUCAUUCUUUGUA